AUGGAGGGUGCACAAUUAAACCGCGGCUCAUUUGUUAUGUCAUUAAAGGAAGACAUUACUAAUUCCUCCUCCAGAAUAGGUAGACCUUUUUUACAAAAUAAGCUAGCAAACAUUGACACUCCCUGCAACGAGUACAGCAUGUGUUCAAUAGGACCCUCCGGCUCAUACAAUCCACACAUCCUAACUAGAGGCGUAAUUACAGAAUUACAACUUACUAUAGUAUGGAAAACUAUAGUUGCUGAUAAGCAGUGUUGUCAAUUGGACUCAAUUGAAAAUAUGUCAAUCGACAACACUGCUGAUAAAC